GAUGAUGUCUCAAAGAGCAAGGUGGUCCUCAAAAUAUGAGAAAGCGCUAGUUGAUGUACUCACUGAGUACAGGCUUUCUCAUUUUCGUGGUCAAAAUGGCUGGUGUACUGAAGGUUGGAAUAGAAUUGUGAAAGAUUUCAACAGUCUUUGUCCAGAUGCCAAAUUUACUAAAGCUCAGAUUCAAGACAAAGAGUCCCAAUUGAAGAAGGACUACAAAGCAGUCAAAUCCAUCCGUACGCGUAGUGGAGUCUCUUGGAAUCAGACCGCGUCUAUGAUUAACACAACAUCUGAAAUCUGGGAUGAAAUCAUAGAAGAGGAUUCAAAGUUGAGGAGGUAUGAAAACAAAAGCUUCCCAUUGUUUGAUGCACUGGACCUGUUAUAUGAAGGACAAUUUGCUGAAGGAAAGCAUUGCUUCACUUCUAGUAAACCUCAUAAGGCUGGAAGUAAACGGUCCGGAGGCACGGAGAAGACACUCUUAGAUUUCACUAAGAAACGUCCAUGGGACGCUGCAAUCAAUGUAGGAGCUCAUGAUGGUGAAGAAUCGAUUUAUCCAAUAAGAAUGGAUGACUUUGGUAAGCAAAAUUUGGAGAGUGAGUCUUUACAAUCUCAAGGGUAAGAGAAACAAUCUCUGCAAGAUUUGGAGAUUGAGCAACAUGUACAAGGUAAAGGACAUAACAAAAAGGCCUUUCAUCAAAGGAUGGAAGACUUUGGAGGGAAAGGUGCAGAGAUGGAAGAUGACCAUGAUGAACCAAUUGGUCUUUCAGAUGAAGAUGGCCAUGCUACUUCAAGAUCUGGGACUGCUGGAUCAAAUAGAGGAAGAAUGAAGAAAAGUUCUAAUACAAAGUCAGUGCCACCCAUUGAAGAAACUAUGUCAGAAUUUCUGAGUUUCAGAAAAGAGCAAGCUAGUGCCAAAAGACAGAGUAAAAGUCAUCAAAGGGAGCAAGAAAGAGAUUACUCGAUUACAAGAUGCUUAGAGGUAUUAGAUGAGAUGGAUGAUGUGUCAGACGAUACAAAGAUCCUGUCUUCUGAUGUCUUUAAGGAUGCUAUGAACCGUGAGCUUUUUCUAGGAUAUGCUCCAAGGCUUCGUGGUUUGUGGCUAAAGAAAGAAGUUGAUAAGCUUGGAACUUAAUUGCCUAAAUGUAA